AUGUUUUUAAAAAAUAAAGAAAAAUUGACUAAUUCUACGAAGAAUGAUGAAGAAGAAAACAAAAAAAAGAAAAAAAAAGAAAAAAUUAAUAGUACCAUUAAUACAAUGGAUAAUAAGUUAACAUCAAAAAAAAAAACAAGUCUAAUAUAUAAAAAUAAUAAAGAUGAAAUCUUUUCAGCUAACCGAAGGGAUUAUCUCAGUAAUAUUGAUAAAACUUUGUUAAAAGAAGAUAUAUCUUGUAUUAGUUACGCCUAUAAAAAUUUAAAUGAACAAAAAUUUUCAAAAAAAAAAAUAAGAAAUGUAUCAGAAAAUGACAAAGUUUUUGGACUUUUAUCAUUAGAGAAGAAAAAAAAAAAUAAGAAAAAUGAUAAUAAUUAUGAUCAAGAUAAAAAUAUUCAAUCACUUAUUUAUGAUACAUUCAUAAAUAAAAAUUUAAAAAUACCUCAUAAUAAUUUAUUAGAAAAAAAUGAUAUAAUGAAAAAAAAAAAAAAAAAACCUUCAUUAAACUUUAAUAAAGAAAAUAUUUUAAAUUCAUUAGAAGUAAGCAGUAAUUUUAAUAAUUACAAAGUAAAAUUUGCAAAUGAUGCUAAAAAAAAUUUAAUUGCUAAACAAAUAGAAAAAAAAUAUGUAGAUAAUUUUGCUGAAGUUAAUGAAAUAGAUAAAGAGGAAAAUUUAAUAUAUAAUCUUGAUGGCAAUUUAUUUGAGAAAAAGAAAGAAAAGGAUAUGAAAAGUAAUUUUACACAAACUAAUUUAAACUAUGAUGAAGAAGAGUUAAGAUGUGUUGCACUUUUUUUUACUAAAAAAAUUAUUAAUGAAGCAUUUAUUCAAAUUACAUAUGAAUAUAAUUUGAAUCAAAUUGAAGAAAAAACCAAAUUCAUUAAUUUAAAUGAUCAAACUAACAAGAAAACAUUUACUCAUUUAACCGAUUCUCAAUAUAAUAACUUAGAUAUAAUGAAAGAGAAAAAUAAAAUUACAAAUUUUUUACAAAUAUUUAAUAAAAUAAAUGUUUUUUCAAUAUCUCGUAACAUAAUAAAUUGCUUAAUGAAAGAAAAUGUCCCAUAUAUAAAGGAGAAAAAUGAAUUAAAAAAAAAAAAAGAAUUAGAAUGGUUCAAUGAAGUUAAAAAAAAUUUAUUAAAAAAUACAGUGGCUUUUUUAGCAACAGAAAAAAUUGUCUCGUUUAUAACUGAAGAAUUAAUUGAGGAUAGCCUAUUAAAUUUUUGUUUAUUUAAUGAAAAUGAUAUAAAUACAAUUAAUAAAAAUUUAAAUAAUAAAAAAAUAUGUGCACAUAAACAAAAAAAAAUCGAAAAAGGAUAUAUUAAUUUUUUACUUUUUAAUGAAAUGGUAAAAAUAUAUAUACCAAUAAAAAUAAAAGAAGAUAUGAGUUUAAAUGAUGUCAUAAAAAAAAUAAAAAAUUUUAUAAAUAAUAAAUUAGGUUUUUUAAGAAAAGAAUAUAACCUAAAUUUUAUAUUUAUAAAAAAUAAAGGAAAUCAUAUAAUGGAUAUAAAAGAAUUAUAUUCUUGCAAAUCAGAAGAGUUUACAAUCUAUAUUGAAAAAAAAAGCAAAAAAUAA